AUGUCUGAUCCCUCUUCCACUACGCUCCCACCAUUACCUUCCGACCACCUCGAUCACCCAGAACAAUGGACGACAGGCUCCGAACCGGCCACAGAGAAACAGAAAGGCUUCAUUGCUGUGUUGGAGAAACAGAACCCCGGUUUAGUACCUGAUGAGGGUAUUGCGAAAGGUGAUCUGGGGAAGAGCGAGGCGAGUGAGAUUAUCGAUUCGUUGAAGAAGGGUGAGAAGGUUGGAUCGGAUGAAAAAGAAGUCGAAGCUGAAGAGGAUACUCAAAAGAAGGAAAAUGAGGGAGAUACUCCAAAGAAGGAAGAGGGGGAGGAAGGAGGAGGAAAAACUGGCGAGAAGAGGAAAGAUCAUCCCUCUUCUCAAGAGGACAUCAAAGAAGGAAAGAAGGGUACCACUGUUACACUUACUCAGGAGAGUGAAAAGGACGAACUUGUUUCUUCACAAGAGAUAGAUGUCGAUGAUGAAAAAGAUCCGAAACAAACUACUCUAGAUGGUGUUUUCGGUGGAGAAUCGGAAGAAAAGGAAGAGGAAGAUCGAGCAAGUAAGAAACCCAAACUUGACCAUUCCUCUUCUUCUUCUACAAACGGAAAAGCCAAUGCAGCCAAAACAAGCAAUCCUUCAAAUUCGACUACUACGGACAACAAGCCUUACGAUGAAGCACAUCCACCCGUCCAAGCUGAUUCAGGAGCGACUUAUCCGAAACCCACCGAGACAGAUACGAUACCCGGAUCACCUACCCACCUCGAUCAUCCCGAGAACUGGGCGACGGGCGACCAACCUGCUACGGAUAAGCAAAAGAGUUUUAUCAAAGUGCUUGAAAAGCAAAAAGGAGUCAGUGGGAGUGAGAAUGUAGAAGGGCUGGGGAAGAGUGAGGCUAGUGAGAAGAUUGAGGAGUUGAAGGAGAUGUAG